GAGUGUACAAAUGGACAAAAACUUGUACGCGAAUAGUUUCAUAAUUUACGCGACGAACUGAAUUCACACUACAAUUUCUCAAAUAACCUCUCCUCUCAAUCAACUACAAAACAACAAAGCUCACUCAAACUAACUAGCCUAUCUACAUUCAUUCUUUUCUUAAAAACACACGAUGAUCCCAUCUUGUUUCAGCCACCCAAACACACUCUCAAACACUUCUCAUCAUCAAACACCUCAAAGUCUCAUUACAUCCCUUUACCUAACUCACCUCUGCGAUUCCCCAACUCACCUCACACUCACCUGGUCGAAAACACUCUUCACUCACUCCGUAACUCUAUUCGCUUCGGAUUCAUUAUUCUCCGUCACCAUCUCCCUCUACCCGUCGUCACCCUUCUCCUUCUUCAGAAACAAAUCAGUAGGCUCCAAGUCCAUCUACUUAACCCGCCACCAUUACCAAAAGAUCAAGGUUUACUGGGACUUCACUCGAGCUGAGUUCACCCACAACUCCGCUGAGCCUAACUCGUGUUUCCAUAUCGCCAUUAUUUGCAAUGCUAGAUUAGAAUUCUUCCUUGGUGACCUUCCAACGGAGUUGACUCGUCAAACCAGCCUGAUCGCUAGCCGAGUUGUAGCUGAACCGACUCUGCUAUCUAGAAGAGAGCAUGUGUUUGGACGUAAUACGACUUACGUAUCACGAGUUGAGUUUUUAGGAUCUAAGCACGAGAUUGGAAUAGAGUUAUGUAAUAAUAUAGGUGCACUUAUAGUAAAAGUUGACGGAAAAGUAAGCCUUACUGUUAAAAGGUUGGCAUGGAAAUUUAGAGGAAAUGAAAGGAUUUUUAUUGGUGGCAUGGAAGUUGAAUUCUUUUGGGACGUAUUCAACUGGUUUAAUAACAGUAAGGGCAACGGUAACAGCAAUAAUUCUAAUGUUCAUGGUGUGUUUAUUUUUCAAGUUGGUGAUGGCGGCGGUGUAUGGCCGGAAUUUGUAGGUUUAGAGAAGAGGUUGAUGAGGAAGAGUAAUUUGUUAGGGGAAAGUCAGGCGUUGAAGCCGGCGGCAAUGACGUCAUUGCCGCGAACGUCGUCGUAUUCGAGUGUGUUGCAGUGGGCCGAGGAGAGUAGUGAUUGUGGUAGAAGUUCAUGUUCUUCAUCUACUACUACUAGGUCAUCAUGUGGAAGUAGUAAUAAUAAUGGAGGUUUUUCAUUGCUGUUGUAUGCUUGGAGCAGGGACUAGGUAAUUAUAAAUCUGAGUUUGAUUGUUUUUAAUAGCUGAUUUAAUAAUUACCAUAAUGUGAUUUAUAUUCAUCUUGCA